AUAAAUGGAAUGGAGACCGUAAGGGUCACGCGCCUGUUUGUGGUUCUUAUCACGGAGAGAUAAGAACACGAGAGCAAAAUAAUUAUUUACAUACAUCAGUUAUUUUUGAUGUGCCAGUGACAAGUGCAUUUCGCGAAAGUGAAAUCGAAUGAGGUUAUGUGUUAGAAGUGUCAAAGUGUAACCACAUUGCGGCGGAUAGUGGAUUGCGAGGAAGAAGUAAGACCGUCCGCGCAUACACGAACGUUGGACGGAUAUAAAAUACUGGGCUAUCCUAUGCGCAUAGAAAACAAGAAAUAUAUGAGGAAUGCAUUUUUAUUUAAUAUAUGCCUGGUUUUUAUAGAAGAUGCACACACCGUUCGUUAUGAACCUCUUCUCAAGAAACUAUCGGAGUAUUUGUUAGCCCGUGAAGUCGAUUUCGGUUUCUUAUCUCAGCCCUCAUCCCGAGAAGGCGAUGACAAAUCGGUCCAAUUUAAAUCACCGUGUGUUAGGUUCAAAUCAGAUCUAACUAUUCAAAGUGUACACGUUCAAACGAACUAUGAGAGGCUUGUAUCUAUUAUGGAUCAAGUGAAAAGAGAUAUUAAUGCUGAAAACAUGUGCAUUAUAACAGAUGGUCCGAUAUCUCUCCAUUUGACUGUGGUUGAUGAAAUGCGGGAUCCUGCACCAGUAUUGGAUCAUCAUGUACCAGUUCUGACAGGUUUAGAAGAAGCUUUCAACCAAGAACAAUGGGAUCUCACAACUCACCAAAUUUUACCUCAUAUAGAUGGUUAUACACAUGUAUUAAAGAUUGCUUGCAAAGCAGAAGUUCAUCCGGAUCUAGUCAAAGAUUGUAUACAAAACUUGGUAUGCUACAAAGUAGUGAUGAUUAUACCUCUAUUCCAAUAUUGCAGUGUAUACACACCAACUCGAAAAUUACAAAAAUUAGCUUCUGAUAGAGAACUCCAAAUCAAAUGCAUAGAGUUUUGUUCAAAAUCUGCUCGGCAGCCAGCGACUGUUUCAGAUCUAUAUAGAACUUAUGCAGCUAUGGGUCAUGGAGUUUCCUUAAGAGAUCUUUUCUCUCGAAUGAGUCCUAAUGCCAUGAGAAUAUGUGAAAGAAGUCUAGUCAGAUUCGGGGUAGUGCAAGGUUUAAUACGAAAAAUCGACAAGUAUCCCAUUACGAUUCAGUCUAAAGGUAAGCCAACUUAUACGGGUCAUUACACAAUGGAAGAAAUUUGCUGUCGUUCUUGCAUAAAUAAUAGUCAACUUGAAGCAGAAUUGGAAGCUGAUCAAGAAACUUUAGUUAUUUGUAGGUAACCAAUAAAUUAUGAUGAAUCCGUUUGAUUUGAAUUUUUAUAAUCUCACGUUUGUUUUAUAAAUUUAAUUUUGCCAGAUAAGUAUGUGCAUGAUAUAAAUUCUUAUUAUUAAUGCAAUUAAAAAUUGUCAGAGUUUAUAUAAAUGACUGGAAAAUUCUGUUUUAAAAUCUAUUUAGAUUACAAUCUAUAGUUUGUUUUUAAUUUUCAAUAUUUUUUUUUUAUAAAAUUGUAAUUAAUAAUUAUAAUAUUUGUGCAUAGUCAUGGAAUAAGAAGUGUAAAGUAGGUAUCCUGUUACUCAGGGAUGCUGAAUAAGUGUUCAAUUUUAUAAUACUUUUUUAUUAUUAAUUUUAAUAUAAAUAUUAUAUGGUUGUGAGCUUUAAUUAUAUUUUAUAUUCAAAGUCGGUGUGUAUUAUGCAUAUAAUAGGUACAUACUUUAAAAUUAUAGCUUUCUUGUAAAGUAAAAGUAAAG